UAGAGUUUCGACUUUCACCGCACAUUAGUUAAGGGACCACAUCGUUAUUCUUAAAUCAAACAGAAGGUGACACCCACUCACACUAGUAGAGAACCAAUUUUACUUGCAGGCGAUCAAUUACAACGGAAUUGCGAGCACUGCCGUCGAUGCCUCUGAAGACCAAUCGUAUCUUGCCGUUUUUGGGUACCAUGACGCGAAAACGCAUUGCCAGAAAGACGCGCUGGAAGCCCCUGCCGCCCCUUCGCGCCCGUCUGAGCAGGAAAAGGCAUGACAGUCGGGCGCGAAGCCGAAGGCUGUCAUGCCUUUUGGCCCUGUCGCUUGCCGAGAUGAACGCUCACACGCACAAGCAAUUGCCCCGUUGCUGCCGCCAGGCGGGUUUGCACUGCCGCCUUCAUCGCGUGCUUUGGAUCUGUUGAAUCGCGAUGCCGCGCCCCGCUGCUGCCGCGCCCUGCCGCUGCCCGAAGCGAAGAACUGCUGUGCCACCGAUGACAUCGCGUUAAAGUUGCUUGCUGCCGAAUUGGAUACGCCACAGCGCAGGGUCAGGGAAUUUUCGGACCCCCGACUCGGCUGCUUGCGCCGCGCGCAUGCGCAGUUUCAGAUUGUUGUGAGCAUCAGGUAAGAUUGGUUAGGAUACCUUCGACGAGAGUGACCUUUUUGAAAAUUAUUGCUAGAGUUCAGAUCUUCAUCUUGAUUUGUGUUGAAAUAGUACAGCGUUCACUUGAACUCGAAAGACACAGUCUUUCUCGCAUAUAAUAGUUUGACAUGUUCGGGUUCUGCAGCAAGCGCGCGGACGCCGGGAAGGCCACCGGGGGCGCGAAGAAGAUGGGUGCGAAAUCGGCCCCGAAGAAUGCGAACAACAAGCAGUUCAACAAGCACCGUGAUAGCUUUCGCUACACUUGCAAGCACUGCGGAGGGACGCACUUCCGAGGAACGGUCUGUCCGGUGCUGGUGGCGAAAGGUGCCGACCCGAACAAAUACGGCGGAAACAAGAAAUUCUGCGAAAACUGUCAGAAAAUGCACAUGAAGGGGACUAAGUGCCCGAAGACGGGAUGGAUCUUCUACUAGGUCAGCGUCGGUGGAGAUUUUUGCCGUAUCGGAAAAACUACUAACUUAAGUAAGUACAUACAUAGGAGGCUUCAGUUGUAAAUGUGCUGCAUGUCAACGGCGUUGAUGAUUUACAGUAUUAAAAGUUUGGAAUUCUAUUGCCUAAACCAUGCAUCUUUUCGUUUUGGUUGAGUAGGAUCUGUAUUUGGAAAACAGCAAAGCUGUAGGGAGUCAUAACUUUAUCCGUAUUUUUGGUCGCAGAAGAAAACUGAAGUACUACAACUCUGGCGGAGAAGUUGAAAUGAUAGGGACGAUCAUCCGAGGCGAAACUGGAUGGUAGAUGUAGAGAUGAGUACCACACUGACGACGUCCUAAAGGGUAGGUACAAAAGUGUUGAAGCCGUGGCAGUGCGUCAUUCAACGUGUGGAUUUUUGAGGAUCAAAAUAUGAUCCGGAGGUUUUAGUUAAUUUUGGAUUGGUGGUCAUCGAUAUCAUAUGAAGAACGACCGUGUUUACAAAGAAUGAAUUUGGCACACCGUCACCACACGGAU